AUGGACCAAUCUUUGGUAGUAUAUUAUACGCACGAUUUGUUGGUUAAUGACUUCGGUCAAUAUUCUUGUGUCAUAAAAACAAAAACCGGAAAUGAGGCUUCUACCCUUGUCAAUUUUUACGCCCGUCCUAUUUUUAAUACAAGUAUACAAAUCGACAUCCACGAAAAAUCCGGUGCUUCACUAGAUGCUUAUGAGUACGAGCGUACUGUUUACUACUCUAACGUAACCCUCCAUUGCUUUAUCCUUGCCUGGCCGAUCGCUAAUGUUGUGUGGAAGAAGAAUGGAAAUGUUAUAAUAGAUGAUGAUUUAAAAUACAACAUCGCAGAAACCAAUCGAUCACUUACAAUUACUGAUUUUUUGACGUCAGACAACGGAACCUACGCUUGUGAGGCUGAAAAUAGUUUCCCACUUCAACGUGGAGAAAAACCAACAACCUUCCAGCUUUCCCUUGAAUUUACUGUAUUUGUUGAGGAAACAGCACCCCUACAAUCCUCAAAAGCUUGGAUGCUCUUGAUCCCCGGAUUCCUCGUGCUUGCCGGGUUCUUGAUCACCGCGAUUUGCUAUGGGGUAUUUUGGAAGAAAUGUCAUAAGAUGAAUUUUGUGAAGCUGUGCGGCCACCGAUACAAUCGAGCCGAAGUAGCGAGCACGAGUUCUGAGCUUCAGCUCGAGGAUUUCGAGGAGCAGACCACAGAGUUCAACGAAGAUGGGGGCUCUCAACAAGCUCUUGUAGGAAAGGAUGAGGAGGAGGCUUUGGAUAUGCGGCUACAAACUCCAAUUAACGUC